GGAAUCCUAGCUCCUGCCAAGUGGGUCAAAUAUCAUGGGUCAGGCACAGGGAAGGUGAUUGGGCGGGUCUGUCCGGAUAUAAAUUCCUGAGCUUCUGCAUCCAUCCCGAGAGACUUGGCUGUCCUCUCAACUGGGAGUCCAGGUGCAAGAGGACCCAGGCACUUGGCUGUCUGAGCGGCAAUCCGGGAUCUGCUUUCCCAGACACCCAGGACCUGAAACAGAUUCUACAGCGUCCAGCUCUUCAAACCCUAGACCCCAGACCUCGCCCGAGGACGUGAGCCACUGAUGGACUGGGACAAGACGGGGUUCAAGUACCAGGGACUGUGGGUCCCUGUGCUGGCUGUCCUUCUGCUGGGAGCCUGCCAGUCACACCCCAUCCCUGACUCCAGUCCCCUCCUCCAAUUCGGGGGCCAAGUCAGGCAGCGCCACCUCUACACAGAUGAUGCCCAGGAGACAGAGGCGCACCUGGAGAUCAGGGCUGACGGCACUGUGGCAGGGGCUGUCCACCGGAGCCCAGAAAGUCUCUUGGAGCUGAAAGCCCUGAAGCCAGGGGUAAUUCAAAUCUUGGGAGUCAAGACAUCCAGGUUUCUGUGCCAGGGGCCAGACGGGACGCUGUACGGAUCGCUCCACUUCGACCCCGUGGCCUGCAGCUUCCGGGAGCUGCUUCUCGAAGACGGCUACAACGUUUACCAGUCUGAGACCCUUGGCCUCCCACUCCGCCUGCCCCACCACAGCUCCCCAUACCGGGAUCCGGCCCCUCGGGCACCCGCCCGCUUCCUGCCGCUGCCAGGCUUUCCCCCAGCACCCCCGGAGCCUCCAGGGAUCCCGGCCCCCGAGCCUCCGGACGUGGGCUCCUCGGACCCCCUGAGCAUGGUGGGGCCUUCACGCGGCCGGAGCCCCAGCUACACUUCCUGAAGCCACAGGCUGUUUAUUACUGGGUCUCCUCUUUAUUUAUUGGGUUAUUUAUCUUAUUUAUUUUUUUAUUUUUCUUACUUGGGAUAAUAAAGAGUCUGAGAGGAGGA